AUGAGUGUUUCGCAACUGGAGCAAAACAUUCAAAGAAAGAUAUCAGUCGAAGAAAACAUCAUUCGGGGAGCUUCUGCCCUCAAGAAAAAGACUGACAAUGUUAUGGUCAUUCAAAAAUGUAACACAAAUAUAAGGGAGGCGCGUCAAAAUCUCGAGUAUUUGCAGGAUAAUUUGAAGAAGUUACGAUUAAAGACUGCCCAGCAAAAUCAAGGCCAGAAUCCUAAUGAUAAUAAUGGUCAAAAUAAUUCUAAGGAAUACGGGUUUCUUUCCACCAUAUCGCCAAAUGAACACAUAUUUUCCCGCCUGGAUUUGGUGAAAUAUGACUGCCCUUCUUUAGCGCAAAGAAUCCAAUACAUGUUACAACAAUUAGAAUUCAAAUUACAAGUGGAAAAACAAUAUCAAGAAGCUAAUACCAAGCUCACCAAACUGUAUCAAAUCGAUGGUGACCAACGGAGCAGCUCUGCAGCAGAAGGGGGCGCUAUGGAAUCCAAAUACAGAAUUCAGAUGCUCAAUAAAGCCCUGAAGAAAUAUCAAGCUAUUAAUGUUGACAUUGAUCAGUUUAAACAUCAGUCAAACGAUAUGAUGGACAAUCAACAACCAAAGUUCCGGAGAAAGCAAUUGACGGGCGUCUUGACCAUUGGAAUAACUGCAAUUAGAGACGUUGAUCAUAUACAAUCGCCUAUGUUUGCCAGGAAACCAGAGAGUUAUAUUACUGUAAAGAUCGAUGAUACUAUCAAAGCCAGAACGAAACCCUCUAGAAAUGACAGAUGGAGUGAGGAUUUUCAAAUCUCAGUCGAAAAAGGGAAUGAAAUAGAGAUUACCGUUUAUGAUAAGGUGAACGAUUCGUUAAUUCCAGUCGCUGUAAUGUGGUUACUACUCUCCGAUAUUGCUGAAGAAAUUCGCAAGAAGAAAGCCGGACAAACAACGGGGCAACAGGGCUGGGUCAAUGCAUCGAAUAUAAAUAGCGGCUCAUCUCUCGCUAACGAAGAGGGGAGCACAUUGACUUCCACGAACUCGAAUUCAGCCGUUCAAUCAUCCUUGGAAAAAAGUGGACAAGACGAUAAUGCAUUAACUAGCCAAAUCAGCACGAAUUCAUGGUUUGUCCUAGAACCAACCGGUCAGAUUUUGUUAACAUUAGGAUUUCACAAGUCAUCUCAGGUAGAAAAAAAGCACUUAAUGGGCGGACUACAUCGUCAUGGUGCUAUUAUCAACAGAAAAGAAGAUAUAUUUGAGCAACAUGGCCAUCACUUUGUACAAAAAUCAUUCUACAACAUCAUGUGUUGCGCAUACUGUGGUGAUUUCCUACGGUAUACCGGGUUUCAAUGUCAAGAUUGUAAAUUUUUAUGUCACAAAAAAUGCUACACCAACGUUGUUACUAAGUGUAUCGCUAAAACUUCCACUGAUACAGACCCGGAUGAAGCGAAAUUGAAUCAUCGUAUUCCUCACAGGUUUGUGCCCACUUCAAAUCGCGGCACGAAAUGGUGUUGCCACUGUGGUUAUAUCCUACCCUGGGGUAGACAUAAAGUACGCAAAUGUUCUGAGUGUGAUAUAAUGUGCCACGCUCAAUGUGCUCAUCUAGUUCCCGAUUUCUGUGGUAUGUCAAUGGAGAUGGCAAAUAAAAUUUUAAAAACAAUCCAAGACACCAAACGUAACCAAGAAAAGAAGAAGAGAACAAUCCCAUCCGCACAAACGGGAUCAUCCAUUGGCACCACUAUUGGUAGCGAUCGUUCUCAAACCAAAUUCACAGAAAGAGCGAAUGCUCCCUUGCCCCCUCAACCCAGAAAACACGAUAAAACUCCUUCACCUCAGAAAGUAGAAAGAGACUCCCCUACUAAACAUCACGAACCUAUAAUUGAUGAGGCAAUUCCAUUACAAACACGCGGACGUGAUAAAUUAAAUAAAUUUAUCGAUGAAAAUGAAGCCUAUUUAAAUUUUACAGAAGGUGCACAACAGUCCGCUGAAUUCUCUCUAGAGGAGAAAACGCUAGAUCCAACAUCGAAUAAAUGUCUCACGGAAUUGACUGACUUAUCAAUUGAACACAGCCAAACGUGGGAAUCCAAAGAUGAUUUGAUGAGAGAUGAACUCGAACAGUGGAAAGCACAGCGUGAUGAAAUGGAGCGCGAAAUAAAUCAAGGCAGCGGAGGCGUACCGGAAGACAUAGAAGGUGACAAUAUAGACCUAGAUACUAAGCAGCAACCUGAUUGGAAGGAUAUGAACGAUUUCCGUGAGGCCGAUAUGACAAUUGAUUCUUCACACACAAAUCCGUUCCGCGACAUGAAUAGCGAAACUUUCCAAAUUGAACAAGACCAUGUUUCAAAAGAAGCAAACCAGGAAACAGCGUCUUUAGCUCCUACAAGCACUCAUGCCUCCAGGACCACCGAUCACCAAUCCCCACAAAAAUCACAAACUAGUACUAGCGGCAAGCAUAAAAAGAAAGCGGCUAAGCGCCGUAAGGUAUCAUUGGAUAAUUUUGUAUUGCUCAAGGUUUUGGGUAAAGGUAACUUUGGUAAAGUUAUCCUUUCUAAAUCAAAGAACACCAACAGAUUAUGUGCCAUAAAAGUUCUAAAAAAGGAUAAUAUCAUUCAAAACCAUGAUAUUGAAAGCGCAAGAGCAGAAAAGAAGGUAUUUUUGUUGGCCACCAAAACCAAACACCCAUUCUUAACCAAUUUAUACUGUUCCUUUCAAACAGAAAAUCGUAUAUAUUUUGCCAUGGAAUUUAUUGGGGGUGGUGACCUAAUGUGGCAUGUCCAAAAUCAAAGGCUUUCUGUGAGAAGAGCAAAAUUUUACGCUGCCGAGGUAUUACUGGCUUUGAAAUAUUUCCAUGACAAUGGUGUGAUAUACCGUGAUUUAAAAUUAGAAAAUAUUCUGUUAACCCCAGAAGGUCAUAUAAAGAUUGCCGAUUAUGGUUUGUGUAAGGAUGAAAUGUGGUAUGGUCACAGAACCUCCACAUUUUGUGGCACACCCGAGUUUAUGGCGCCUGAAAUUUUAAAAGAGCAGGAGUAUACCAAAGCUGUAGAUUGGUGGGCCUUUGGUGUGUUACUAUAUCAAAUGUUAUUGUGCCAGUCACCAUUUUCAGGUGAUGACGAAGAUGAAGUUUUCAACGCCAUACUCACUGACGAACCUCUAUACCCAAUAGAUAUGGCAGGUGAGAUUGUACAAAUAUUCCAAGGCCUCUUAACCAAAGAUCCCGAAAAGAGGUUAGGAGCUGGUCCGAGAGAUGCGGCUGAAGUUAUGGAAGAACCUUUUUUCCGUAAUAUCAACUUCGAGGAUGUCUUGAAUCUUCGCAUCAAGCCACCAUACAUUCCGGAAAUCAAAUCACCGGAAGAUACAUCAUAUUUUGAACAAGAAUUUACCUCAGCGCCACCAACACUUACACCCUUGCCCUCUGUUUUGACUACAAGUCAGCAAGAAGAGUUUAGAGGAUUUUCCUUUAUGCCGGAUGAUUUAGAUCUUUGA